GGUGUGGCACAGGGAGAGUUAGUCCAGCCUAGGCAGCUGGGGACUGAGGACAACCUUGCAGAUCCCUGCAAUCACAAGUAAGGAUUUUAACUGCUCUGACUGGUGUGUGGACCACACCUCAUCAUCUGCCUCCAAACUGCCUAGUGGCUCUGCUUCCCCUGCCAUCCGUCUUUCUGAAGUGGCUUCUUGGGCUUAGAGAGUACAUUCACUUAGACUUCCAGAAGCCGGAUCCAGGAAAUGGACUCAGUGGCUUUUGAGGAUGUGGCUGUGGACUUUACUCAGGAAGAGUGGGCAUUGCUGGAUCUUUCUCAGAGGCAACUCUACAGAGAUGUGAUGAUGGAAAUCUUCAGAAGCCUGGCCUCAGUAGGAGAAAUCUGUGAAUUGCAUGGCAUUGAAGAUCAGGAUAAAAACCAGAAAACACAUGUGAGUAUGCUGCCUGUUUUUAACAGAAGGCACAUGUUAGAGAACCUCUGUGAAAGUAAUGAAGACAAUCAUUGUGGACAGACCUUCAGCCAGAUUCCAAAUCUUUCUGUGCUAAAAAGAACUCCUUUGGAAGCAUAUCCUUCUGAAUGCCUUGAGUGUGGAAAGUCCUUGAUGAAUCAUUCAUCACUUAAGUGUCAUAUCAAAUCUCACUCUGGAUGCAGUGCUCGUCAGUGUCAGGAAUGUGGAGAAGCCUGCAGUUGUCCCUCUUACCUCAGCACUGCUGUGAGAAUUGUAACUGGAAAGAAGUCCUAUGAAUGUAAUGAAUGUGGUAAAGCCUUUCGUCGUUCCUCAAACCUCACUAUACAUAUGAGAAUUCACAGUGGAGAGAGGCCUUUUGAAUGUACGGAAUGUGGCAAAGCCUUUAGUCACUCCACACACCUCACUUCACAUAUGAGAACUCACAGUGGUGAGAGGCCUUUUGAAUGUAAGGAAUGUGGCAAAGCCUUUAGUCACUCCUCAAACCUCAUUUUACAUAUAAGAACUCACAGUGGCGAGAGGCCUUUUGAAUGUAAGGACUGUGGGAAAGCCUUUCGUCGGUCCUCACACCUCACUACACAUAUAAGAACUCACAGUGGUGAGAGGCCUUAUGAAUGUAAGGAAUGUGGUAAAGCCUUUCGUCGGUCCUCACACCUCACUACACAUAUAAGAACUCACAGUGGCGAGAGGCCUUACGAAUGUAAGGAAUGUGGCAAAGCCUUUAGUCAGUCCUCAGUCCUCACUACACAUAUAAGAACUCACAGUGGUGAGAGACCUUUUGAAUGUAAGGAGUGUGGCAAAGCCUUUAGUCAGUCCUCAUCCCUCGCUACACAUGUAAGAACUCACAGUGGUGAGAGGCCUUUUGAAUGUAAGGAAUGUGGCAAAGCCUUUAUUCGGUCCUCAAAACUCACUGUGCAUAUGAGAACUCACAGUGAUGAGAGGCCUUAUGAAUGUAAAGAAUGUGACAAAGCCUUUUUUCGGUCCUCACACCUCACUAGACAUCUAAGAAUUCAUAGUGGAGAGAGGCCUUAUGAAUGUAUGGAAUGUGGCAAAGCCUUUCGUCGGUCCUCACACCUCACUACACAUAUAAGAAUUCACGGUGGAGAAAGGCCUUUAGUAAGGAAUUUGGGAAAGCCUUAUUCAGUGUUGAGUGCUUACUGAACAUAAAUAACUUCACAGUGGAAGAGACUUUAUGAAUGUAAGGAAUGUGGGAAAGCAUUUAGUUAUUUGUCAUCUCUCAUUGAAUACAUAAGGAAUCACCCUGGAGAGAAAAAUUUUGAAUAUAUGGAAUGUGGAAAAUUCUGUUGUGAUUCCUC